GAAUAUGCGAUUAUUCGCCGAUAUUUCGAGUGAUUUUUGUUCUUGCAUGGUUUCGGAUGCUAUUUGAACCGGAGCGAUUCCGACCCGAAUCAAAAUCCGGAAUGUCAUACAAGGAAACAGGAAGCUGAAAAGGAAGAAGGUAGAAGGCACGAAGGAAAAAGAGAAAAAGGUUAGGCAAAUGAAUGAGGGCUCCUCUGUCCUCCCUCACUUCACUCCUCUAUCAACCGUUGUGUUGAAUCAGCCGGAGAAAAAGAUCUUAAUACGGAAAAGAAGAGCGCCUUUUGGAGGUGGUGCUUCGUUCCCAAUGGUCGUCUUCCAAAGCCCACAAAUGGCAUCUCAUCAUCUCUAUAAAUCACCAACCUCUUUUAACCCACUUGCCCAACUCCGCUGCAAUGGGGUCUUCUUCUGCGUUAGUCACCAGAGAAGAGUUCAACAUGUUUCACUCCGUAGACCGUGAACUUUACGCAAGGCUAGUCCAAAAUCUCGGCAGAAACCCCGGCCAGUCCAUGCAGGUGAUUGCACUGUGGCUAUGGCUGGAGCAGACGGGCUACAGUGAUAACUUGGUGACCAACGUGUUGGCAUUGCCGGGUUUCAUGCUCAAUGCUAUCGUAGAUGAGACAGUGACCUGCUUGAACUGCAUUGACGAUCCUAAGCCCGUGCCUCUUCCCUCCUCUGAUGCUAACCUCAUUCCUUUGCUUCAGUGCUUGACAAAAGGCGCCAUUUCUCUUCAGUUCUUUCAGGAGAACAGGAUUGCUGUAAUUAAAGGAGUUGCAAAACUGGUGGAUGAAGUUUGUUCACGGGCAUUUCAGGACAUACUGCAACAAACAUUCCAAAACAAUGCGGGCAAUGGGGUUGCUAGGGAAGGAAUAUAUGGUACUCCCGCCCAUGUGGGGAAUUUGUUUUCUCUGAUGAUGAUGGAUCCCGUGCGGCCUCCACCUUCGCCCUUGUAUUAUUCUGGAGUUGGAGGUGUCACUGACUUGCGAACUGGAACAGCUCGUGUUGCUCCACACACCCUGAAUAGUACUGGAGUGAGCCAGAGGCAUAGCCCCAGCCCCAUAGAUCUCUCUGCUGCUGAGGAGAGACCUGUUCCACCGGAUGAAAGAACCAUUUUCUUGACCUUCUCCAAGGGCUACCCAAUCUCCGAAAAUGAAGUCAAAGAUUUCUUCACGAUAAAAUAUGGAGACUUCAUUGAAGCAAUUCACAUGCAAGAAGUGAAUGAAGUAACUGAGCAACCCCUGUAUGCACGCCUUGUUACUCGAUCUCCCUCCAGUAUUGAAGUCGUCCUGGAAGGCAAGAGAAAGGCCAAAUUUUCCAUCAACGGAAAGCAUGUCUGGGCCAGAAAAUUUUUUCGAAAGAGCUCCGGAUCUCCCCGAAAAUCUUCGUCACCACCAUCAUCCCAACCAACUUCGCCGCCGGCCACCCAAGAUUAGUUAUAGUUUUGACCCGGGAAUUAUCAUCCACAUAGACAUUCUCAUCUAUGAGUUAUGUAUUUAAAUGAAGCUUAGUUUUGGUUGUUCAGUUAAACAUUAAUAAAGGAAAACAAUGAUUUUAUAGUCUUAUGCUUAGCUUCUCCACAUUCCGAUAACAGCCAAAAUUCAUCACUCUUACAACAGCCAACAUCCAGAACACGUUAUCCAGCAUCCCAUCAUUGAUAUUAUCCGGCAGCCACUUGGUUAUUCGCCUCACCAAGUUGGUCACCGCCGUACUUAGAUAAAACCCGAUGCCAAUCAACAGCGAGAUCAUCACAGUCGACGUGCCACGUAGCGAUUCAGGAAAUUCUCGAUAGUAGAACUCCACCUAUCCUGGAAAAUGAAACGCUUCGCCGAUACCCAGAGUGGCUAAAGGCCCAACGAACCAUAGGGCCGACAUGGACCCAUGGUGAGCUCGGACCCUGUGGAGCCUACGGGCCUCAACGAGUGCGUACCCCACCAGAGC